UUUCACCCUAGUGGGUUUUCUCUUCAUUCCGAAAAUCACUUUCAUUUCUUGCGCUUUCAGAAAACAAAACAGAAAAAUUACUUCAUUUUCUUGUUCCUUUGGAGAGUGGAGUCCUUUUCUCUUUCCUUCCUCACAAUGGCUUGCUCUCACUUUCCUCAGCUUCAUGGUUACGAACAUAACGAGGUUUCCGAUAGCCUCGAUCGACUGAGUGAGUUACCCGAUUCCAUAAUCCUUUUAAUUCUUUCGUUGUUGUCGUCGACGAGAGAUGCUGUUAGAACAACCAUUCUGUCGAAUCGCUGGAAAGAUCUGUGGACCACCGUCCCCUGCCUUCACUUCGAAGAGGAAAAUCCAGAGUUUAUUUAUGGGGUUGUUGCACGAUGGAGAGGUGCCAAGAUUCAGAGAUUCUACCUUUUGUUCUUGUUGGAUGAUGAUCAGGUGCCUUGCCCUACUAGUAGCGAUCUUGAAUCGUGGCUGCAUUUUGCGGUGGAGAAACAAGUGGAAGAGCUAUAUGCGUAUACCCAUAUCCCAUACUGCCCACCUCAGAGUUUGUAUUCAUGCUCCUCCAUUACAACACUACACCUUCAAUAUUGUUCCUUGGAAAUCGAGGGGAAUGUGCAGUUGAAUCAACUCGUCACUUUAUCAGUUUACAUUCCAGAUUUCUCGUGGGUUGAAGUCAUAAACAAACUUCUCUCGGGUGCCCCUCGCUUGGAAAAUAUGACUUUGAGUGCGAUUGCAAGUAAUUUAAAUUUCAACAUCAUAUCUCUCAGUUUGAAGACGCUCAUAAUCGAAAACUCUGAAAUAAACGGAGUGCUCGCGAUUUCGGCUCCUAAUCUCUUGACUUUACGAAUUGGCGCAUGCAUUUAUAAUGGUGCUAAUCUUUUGUUCCAUGUCCCAUCUUUGACUGAAGCUUGUUUUGAAGGAUGGGGUGAUGAUGUGUAUGAUCCGCCCCUUGAAACGUUUUAUCAACUUUUGCGCAGCAUCUGCCAUGCUAAGAAGUUCACAUUAACGUUGUUGAACAUUAAGUUGCUUCUCUCCCUGAAGAAGAAGAAAGAUAUGGUUGUUCGGUUUCCAAAUGCUGAGGUUCUAAAAUAUGAAAGCUGGAACUAUAUUGAUCUUCUUGAUCUCCUUGAUCUUCUUGAGUUGUUUCCAAAGCUGAAAAUGUUAAGUUUUCAUCGAAACCGCCAGUAUUUUAAGCCCAUCGCUGAGAAGACGACAUUCCCCAGUUGCUCACUGCUCCAUCUAGACAGAGUUCAUAUGACUUGGCCUGCACGCGACCCCUCAAUAAUUCCAUUUAUACAGAUUCUCCUCCAAAAUUCUCCCUCGCUCAACAAGUUGGUGUUUCGUCUUAAAAAGUAUAGAAAUAAUCGCGGGGUGGUGUUGAUGGUAGAAGAGAAGGUGCGAAGCAUGCCAAGAUCCUCCCCAACUGCUGAGGUUACUAUAAUCGAUUGUUGAUCAAUUAAUUAAAGCUAGGUUAUUAGGAUGUGAGUGCUUGCUUUUAUGUAGUUGUGUAUGUUAUGUUUAUGCAGAAUCUUAUCCGUGCUGCUCUGUUCAUAGCAUGAUUAGGCAGUUUGUCAUAUACUCCUAGUUGUUUUCAAUUUAUCUCUACUUCAUUGUGUUGA